AUGAAGCCGCCUUUAUUUUAUGGCAGCAUAGAUCCACUUAAAGCUGAAGCCUGGGUUUUGGGCAUAGACAAACUAUUUGAAGUGUUUCUCUACACAGAGGGUCAGAAGGUACAAUUGGCCUUAUUCACAUUAGAAGAGGAAGCCAGAAGAUGGUGGAUGCUGGUACGAGAAGAAAAUAGGGGCAUCACUUGGGCCCGUUUCCUAGAAAUUUUCUAUGAAAAGUACUUCCCACAGCGUGUUAGAGAUCGAAAAGUGUCUGAAUUUGAACAACUCAAACAGUGGAACAGGUUAGUUGCCGAAUAUGAGGCUCAAUUUACAGAGUUAGCUCGUUUCACGCCACACAUGGUUGACACAGACUACAAGAAAGCCAGAAAGUUUGAAGGAGGCUUACGUGACUCGAUUUUGGAUAGAGUCAAUGUGCUUAAAUUGCCAAAAUAUGUGGAUAUGCUAGAUAAAGCAUUGAUGUUGGAAAAGAACAUAGCCGACCGCAGUGAGAAAUUCAAAUGA